AUGGGUAAAGAUUUCAGAGGUGGAAAAGACGAUGUAAUAGGAGGCGGUCGAGGAGCCCCAAGAGAUAGGGGUGGUGGAAGAGGAGGUAGAAUGGGAGGAGCUUCAAAAGCCUUUGUGGUUCCACAUCCAAAAUUGGCAGGAGUUUUUGUAGCUAAAGGAUAGCAAGAAGCUUUUGUGACAAAGAAUAUGGUGUCUAGAGAAUCAGUAUAAAAUGAAAAGAGAAUUUCAGUGGAAGACAAAUAAACUGGAGAGAAAGUUUAAUAUAGGGUUUGGAAUCCAUUUAGAUCAAAGAUUGCUACUAGUAUAAUUGGUGAUGUUAACGAUAUUUUCAUAAAACCAGGUGCUAAAGUAUUAUUUUUUGGAACUGCAUCAGGAACAGCAAUAUCCCAAUCCAAAUGUGGCUUUAUAAAUGAAUACCAUAAUUAAGUCAUGGGUCUAAUUGGUAGUAUUUUAUUUAGAUUUGCUAAUUAACUACGUAAAUAGCUUAUCCUGUUUUUAAUUAUCUUUUGAGGAAUUGGAUUAAUAGAUAUUAGUAUUGUUGAGGCUAAAUCAUUAAGAAUGACCUCUAGCAGAAUCACUUAAAGGGAUAAUUAUAAAUUUUUAGGACUUCAUUAAUAUCUUGAUUGUUAAUUACAAUAAGUUUUUGGAGAAUAUUAUUUACAAUCACUCUUUGUAACUUCAGUGCUUAAUUUUGAAAUAAUUGAUAUGCAAAUUAAAUUUGCUUAAUCAUAUAACUCUCCUAUUUUAUAUUAUAAAUCAUCUGAAUAAGUGAAAUAAUAACAAUUCGAAAGGAUUCAUUUUUCGGUAAUGAUUGAUCAAAUUUAGAGCCAAAUUUAAUUGGAGAAUUUGUUCAACUUAUAUCAUAUAGAGAAAUCUCAGGUUAUAAAUGGGUUUAAUCAAAUGUUUCUUAAAGAUUUGAUACUCCUUAUCAUGAAAAAUGGAUGCUAGAACUAUGUUUACCUAUGUUUUUGAUUCUUGCAAUCCUUAUCCCAAUCUAUUUUUUUUAUGGUCUUUAUAGUAAUUCUAAUUUAUUAGAUGAUAAGAAGGUAAGAUUUUAAUGGGGUUAUCUUUAUAAUGAAUACACAAAAAGAGCUUACUUUUCGGAAGUGAUCAAAAUAUUACAGAAAGAAUUAAUGAUCAUUUUCUUGACAUAUUAUGAUGACAAUGUCAUUAUUAAAGCAACUAUCAUCUCACUUAUUAUAGGAGUGUAUUUGGAAUUAAGUUUGAAGUAUUAACCAUAUAAUCUAAACAAUCUUAAUAAAUUAGAUUUUUAUUCAACAAAUGUCUGUUUAGCUUCAAUGGCACUAGCUAUAGGCGUAUAUGUUUCAGAGUAAUCAAAUUCAUAAGAAAUACAAAUUCCAUAUGCUAUUGUAAUUUCUAUUUUGAAUUUUCAUAUCACAGAUACAUAAAUAUCUAAGAUUUUAGCUGAAUACUUAAUAGAGAAGACCAGCAAUUUAGAUGAGAAGAUGGAUAAACUUAGGAAUUCAAUCAGAAAUAUCUUCCCCUUUCUUUAAUAUAUUCCAUCUAUGAGAAAAAAUAUUAGCUGA